AUGAUGACAGACGCCAGCUCUUCUUCUGGUUCUUCUACUAACAACCUCCAACGCAUUCAGAACAUUAUCCGUCGCGCCCGCACGGCUGACAGCAUCAACUACAAGCCCAAACAACAACAGAAGCAAGACAAGCAGCAACGCCGUCGUUCCACGACGAGCCACGGUAUGAAGGGCGUGGAAGUGAUGGUGCCCAUUCAAGAGAACAAGCCGAAGAGCAAGGCCGAGUUUGUCACGGAGAGUAUGAAGCAAAUGGAUCCUCACGAUAUGAUUGCCAUGCUCGAAAUGUACGCACAGCAAGACACCGAUUACGCAUUGGAAGCCCUGCAAGGACUCAAGAAUUCUCCAGCAGCUGCGCCGGCUAAGUCCAACAGACGAUCCAGCACCCUCACCAAGCCGUCUCCUCGGAUGGGCGGCAAGGAACCUCGUAACCUACGAGCGUCGGUAUAA